CAAAGAAAUUGAAAGCUUUUCUGUCUCUGUCCCUUCCGCUGCACGGCGACAAUAUGGCUGCAACCAACGGGGUUCACCCUCGAAAGCGGGUCGAGGACAACAAGUCUACCACCAAGCAGACCGAGAACACCAAUAAGUCUGCAAUUGAUUUUUCAAAGGAACACAUUAUCGGUGGAUGGCGACCAGGUAUGGAUCCUCGAGUCGAUUACUCGGGCCACUUUGAAUUUGGCGGCUCUCUAGGGUGUCUUGGCCUGAUGAUAGGCUUCCCUCUCUUGAUGUGGUAUAUGUGGAUCGGCGCUACAUACUACGAUGGCAAGCUGCCUUUACCUGAAGCUGGUCAGUCGUGGCUUGAUUUUGGUAGGCACUUGGGCCAUCUGGUCUACACAGGCGCAUUCCCUCAUCUUCGGGCGUGGCGCAUUUACUGGACCUACUUUAUCUUUGAAGCUGCUUGCUACGUCCUCCUACCUGGGUUUACCUGCUAUGGUAAACCUCUUCUUCAUUUGGGUGGGAAACAGUUGAAGUAUCACUGCUCUGCCUAUACCAGCUUCUACUUCACUAUUGUGGUCAUGGCUAUUCUGCAUGGCUCCGGAUUGUUCCCAAUUUACACCUUCCUGGACGAAUUCGGUCCCUUGAUGUCCGUGGCUAUCAUCUCUGGCUUCCUCGCCAGCUUUGUUACUUAUGUCUCUGCUUUUGCUCGUGGUGCUCAGCACCGGAUCACUGGCUAUCCUAUCUAUGACUUUUUUAUGGGUGCUGAACUGAACCCUCGUCUGUUCGGUAUUCUCGACUUCAAGAUGUUCUAUGAAGUGCGGAUUCCAUGGUUUAUGAUGUUCGGUCUAAGCUGUGCAGCAGCAACUCGCCAGUAUGAGCAGUAUGGAUAUGUCUCAGGAGAGGUGCUGUUCCUUGUCAUGGCCCACUACACCUAUGCCAAUGCUUGCUCCAAGGCAGAACAUCUAAUUACGACAACCUGGGACAUGUAUCAAGAGAAGCUUGGUUUCAUGUUAACAUUCUGGAAUAUGGCGGGUGUUCCCAUGUCAUAUUGCCACUGCACUCUGUACCUGGCAAACCACCACCCUUCAACAUAUGCUUGGAAUAAGUACGCGCUCACCGCACUAUUCGUUUCCUAUCUCUUCGUGUACUGGGUCUGGGACUCGGCCAACAGCCAGAAGAACGUCUUCCGCAUGAUGGAACGUGGCACAUGGGUGAAGCGACACACCUUCCCCCAACUGCCCUGGCAAGAGCUUCACAAUCCGAAGACGAUUGUGGGUGAGAACGGGGAUACCAUUUUGGCAGAUGGAUGGUAUGGACUGGCGCGCAAAGUUCACUAUUCCUGUGACAUGUUCUUUGCCAUUUCCUGGGGUUUGAUCACCGGCUUCAAUAGCCCAUUCCCUUGGUUCUAUCCAGUGUUUUUCAGCGUGAUGAUUGCUCACCGAGCGAUGCGGGAUAUUCACAAAUGCAGGACCAAGUACGGUGAGGCUUGGAAGCAGUAUGAGAAACAGGUUCCUUACCUUUUCAUUCCGUACGUGAUUUAAAUAGAGAAGGGACAAUGGGGUGUGGAGGAAAGCUGAGAUGGUUAUUUGGAAGAACAGAAACAUACAAUAAUACCAGUUUUAAAUGUCUUAGAAAUGAGAUUAGCCGCCACAGCCCGCCACCACACGACAAAAACAGUACUAAUAAUACCGAUAUUUUACAUACAUACCAC